UAACUUUACUUAUUAACUUGAAUUAUUUCUUUCUUUUACUUCAUGUUAGGAAGAGUAUCUUUUUGCUUGAAAUAAAAAAUUGAUAUAGGAGUAAUAAUAUGGAUAGAGAUCAAAAACUGUUAGGGCAGAAAUUACACGUUUGAACUUUAUAGUUCAGUAUAGUUCAAAUAGAAAUUAUAUAGAAUUAUUUAAUAAUUUGUAUUCCACUGGAAUAAAAAUUUAAUUUCUGUCUUUAUCAAAUCUCUAUUUCAGAGUAUUUGUACGUAUGUACUUAUCGUCUGCUGUAUGAUCGAAUAUCGAAUAGGCGCUUGGCCAUGGAUCGCUGCAUUAGGUUUUCGUAAUCCCCGAAACCCAGACAAACCACUAUGGAAGUGCGGAGGUUCCCUGAUAUCGGCUAGGCAUGUUUUGACCGCAGCACAUUGUGCACAUAUGGAUGGAAUAGAAAACAUACACAAUCAUAAUAUUGCCAUUCUUAGAUUGGUGGAGGAGGUGCCAUUUUCGAGGUACGUAUAUCCCAUUUGUACGAAAGAGCCCCUACGAAAGAGCAACUUCGUCGGCUAUAACCCCCUUGUUGCUGGAUGGGGAGCAUUAAGAUAUAGACGACCACGACGUAAUGCAUUAAUGGAAGUACAAAUGCCAGUGAUUAAGAACGCCGAAUGCAAAAUAGCUUAUUCCAAAUUUCCUAAUGCACCUGAUAUCACUGAUGGUAUAAUAUGCGCCGAACAUGCUCAGGGUGGAGAGGAUUCUUGUACGGCUGACCGCGGCGGACCACUGCUGAUACAACAUGAAUUAACCUCGUAUUUAAUAGGUAUUGUGUCUUAUGCUUAUAAGUGCGGCACAGCUGGGUAUCCCAGCGUUUACACUAGGGUCACAUCGUACCUUGACUUCAUUCUCCAAGCGAUGCAAUAAUAUGAUAUUACUGUUCCAUAAAUAUCAUUGUGUAAAAAACGUAAAGUUGGAUUUUCUUAUUGUGGAGAUAAGAAACAGCUCAAAUUUACAUUGUUUUGUACGUUACAAAUUAUAGGCUUAAAAUGUACGAAAUGUAACUUUGAAACGACACUAAUUUUUUACGCACGAUAAACCUCCACGACUUAGGUAUGUAAAGAUGAUAAACGUAUAUUAAUUCUAUAAAUUUGGUAAUAAUAAACCAACUUUCUGAGAAGUUCUGUAAAUUUCGUUUCUGUUGUAUCAAGAGAAUAAUGGAAUAUUCCACUUAGAUCGUAUAC